CAUUUAUAAUGCAUCUAAUUCAUUUGAGCACACAUAUCAAAAUGGCACAAGUUGGUUCUAUGUUGGUUUUACUAACUUAUGGAGCGUCUGUGUUGGGAGUAUCGAGUCUUUUAAAUAAACCAGAACCUGCGUAUUUUUUAUCCCCAACGGGUCCACUUUAUACGCAUAUGCAAACAUCUACGUCAUCAUCGACGGUUCAAAGGACUGUUCCAAACAAUGCACUGACCAAUGAUGCCACGCUGUUGCACCAGAUCCUUACCCAGGAAACCACGCUUAGAAUUGAGCUCGAGAGAAAAGUAACAGGAAUAUUGAAAGAACUUGAACAGGUAGAGAAAACUCAAGUUGAAGCAAAGACAGAACAAGAGAGUUUGAAAAACGACAUAACAUUGUUACGGAAAGAAAAUAAACAACUGAAGGACGAUUUAGAUAUUAUGAAAAGACAACUGGGAAACAAUAGUCUUUCAAGUUCAGAACCGGCUACUUGUUCAUGCGAUUUUUCAAACAUCACAAAGGAACUUCAGAAUUUCAAGAGGGAAAUAAGAUAUACAUCACUAACAUUUCUUGACCUUCAAACAGACGUUACAAACGUACAAUCUGCUAUAAAGAACUUGUCAACCUCUAUAGAAUGGGAGAAAACUAACCAAGCAUCUAUCAAUACUGAUAUUUUUGUUCAUCAAAAGAACAUUUCAAAUGUAAUCAAAGACAGAGUCGAUGAAGAAAUUCUGAAUUUGACAACAAGGUUCUUUAGCCUGGAGACACAAAUGACAAUGUUUGAUACAUCUGUCAGAAAUCUGGAACAGUUUCUUCCUAGAGUGAGAACCUUUAUGAACGACACUCGAGAUCUGCAACAGAUAUUACUCAGAAUUCAGCACGAGCAAGUCAAAAUAUUAGCAGAGUUACCAGGUUUGGCAAACGAUUCAGAUAAUUUCAUAAUCGGAAUUAAAAUCAUUAUAUAA